AUGGAAAUAUCAUCAAAUAAUAACAGUGGUAAUAAUGGAACCAAUAAUAGCGUCUCAUCAUUGAGACAGAAAUUUGAAAUCUUUUUAGCUAGAAACCAAGAAAAACAAAGUUAUAGUAAUAGAAAUAAAAGUCCAACCAUUAGUUCAAGUACAGGUAUAAUUAAUGAUAAAGAAAUUAAAAAUAAAUCAUUGUCCUAUUUUAAAGAAUCAAAUAGUAAUAAUAAUAGUCAAAAUAGAAGACCAACAUCAUUUUCAGCAGUUACACCCAUUAUACCAGGAUCACCAUUAGCUCCAAGAUCAAAUCAAAAUCGUAACAAUUAUAAUAAAAACAUAUCAGACAGUAAUAGUGAUUUAGCAUCAAGCUAUAUUAAAUUUGAUUUAGAAAAUACACCAGCAACUAUAACAGCAUCAGAUUUAAAAAGAGAACGGGAACAAUUAUUUCGUAAUAAACAGGAAUUUACAAUGGAUUCAAAUUUUGAUGACGAGAUAGUGUUUGAUUAUAAAAAUUCAUCAUGGGCAGACAGACGUGAAAGAUUUAUCCAUAAAGUUUUGACAAACCAGUUCGAUGAAUCGCAAAUCAGAGAUGAAUUAAAUAAAAUGAGGGAUAUAGAAGUCGAUAAAAUUAGAGCCGAGGAAAGAAGAACCCCCUCAAUGUCAAUUGAUGAAUUGAAAGGUAUGGAAAUCGAAAGACUAAGAAAAAAGAUUUACAACGAAGAGUUAACAUUAUUUAGAAAAGAAGAAAUAGAAAGUAUUGAACGUGAAGAAAGAAUUAAAAUUGAAAAAGAGUACGAGUCAAAAUCAAUUGUUUCCAGUCAAGAAAGAGAACACAUUAAACAACAAGUUAAAAGAGAUUUUGAAGAAAAACACGAAAUUGCUUCACCACCAUUCCCUGUACCAGCUAUCAAUCAAAGUAAUGGUUCAAUUAAUUUAUUGAGUAUUAACCAACCAGUUUCUAAUUUUUCAAUCACCUCACUAUCAGUUUCAUCAUCUUCAAUAAAUAAUAAACAUCUUUCAGGUAAUCAAAUGAAUACCUCAUCAGUUGACAGCGAAGAUGAAGAAGAAAUGGAAAGAUUAGAACAAUUAAGAAGACAAAAAGAGAUUGAACGUUUAAGAGAAGAAGAAGAAGAAAAUGAAGAUAAAAUCGAAAGAGAAUUAUCUCAACGUAGAAAAGAGGAAGAAGAAAGAAUCAAAAGAGAAGAGGAGGAAGAGGAAGAGGACCAACGUAAUUACUUAAGACGUCUCAAAGAGUUGGAAAGAAUUAAGCAAAUUGAAGAAGAGGAAGAAGAAGAGCGUGAGCGUCAACAACAUCAACAAAAAAGUGGAAGCUCCAAACAACGUUCAUCAACAACUGUAUCAUCAAUUUCAACAUCUUCAUCAAAUGCAAAUACUGCUACCAAAGAGCAAAACCUUCUUAGUUUAAUGGGAUCAAAUAAUAAUAUUAAUAAUAUCAAUUCAAAUGUUUUAUCACAUUCAAUUGUCAAUAGUAAUAAUAACUUAUUACCACCACAACAAAUUGAUUCAAGAUCACGUAGUCAUACAAUGGCAGCAGGCGAUUCUCAUCAUCAUAGUUCAGAUAAUACACCAUUGACCUCAUCUGCCGAUGGCACUAAAAUGUCAAGAUCACACAGUGGUGGCUCAUUACACGGUCUAUCAUUACCAUCAGCUCCACCUGCCCCACAACACAAUAACCUCUCAACUUCAAAUAAUAACAAUUUAAAGAACUCUGUAACAACACCAUCAUCUAUUUCACCAUCACAAGCAGGUAAUUCUGCAGUAUCCACUGUACCAUCAUCACCAAUCUCAUCAUCAGCUUCAAUGUCUUCACCAACACUUGUAGUUUCACCACGUAAAGAUGAGUUGGUCAAUAGUGGUGGUGUACCAAGAAAAGGCUCAGUUUCAGAAUCAACUGAACAUAGCAAGAAAAAAACAAAAGAAUCAGGUAGUAACAAACAAGAUAAAUCUGAAGAAAAAGAACAAAAAGAAAAGAAAUCAUUCUUUAAUAAAUUAUUUAGCAAGGGUGAUAAAUCAUCAUCUUCAUCAGAUAGCGGCAGUAGCAAUAGUAGCAGUGCUAAUAAAGAAGAUAAAAAAAAGAAGAAACUUUCACCACGUGUUGGCACACCAUUCAACGUUCAACACGAAGUCCACGUUAACUUUAAUGCAGAUACUGGUUUUGAAGGUUUACCAAAAGAAUGGGAAGUUUUAAUUAAAUCCAAUUUCCAAGAACCAGAAGUUAUGCAACAUCCAGAAGAAGUAUUAGAUGUUGUUAAAUUCCAUGCUCAAUAUCAAGGUAUGGCCAGCGCACCACCAAUGGUUCAACCAUCUAUUCCAUUAACUGAUGAACCACCUGUAACAUUAAAUGAUUUAAUCUCUUUAGAAGAUCCAAAGAAAAUCUAUUACAAUAUCAAUAAGAUUGGUGAGGGUGGUGCUGGUGAGGUAUUUGAAGCCAUCAACUCUCGUACAAAUCAAACCAUCGCAAUCAAAAAGAUGAAAUUAAAGGCUCAAAAUCUCAAGACUGUUAUCAACGAAAUCGGUAUGAUGAAAAAUAGCAACCAUGAUAACAUUGUACAAUACAUUGACAGUUAUAUUGUCGCCGAUGAACUUUGGGUAGCUAUGGAAUAUAUGAGUGGUGGCUGUUUAACUGAAGUAUUAGACCAAUAUCGUGAUAUUCAAUUAUCAGAACCACAAAUCUCCUUUGUUUGUAAUGAAGUAUUAAAGGGUCUCCAAUAUAUCCAUCAACAUAAUCGUAUUCAUCGUGAUAUUAAAUCCGAUAAUAUUUUAAUUGGUGCCAACGGUGAAAUUAAAUUGGCCGAUUUUGGUUAUGCUGCACAAUUAACUCAAAUUCGUCAAGAAAGAAACUCUGUUGUCGGUACACCAUAUUGGAUGGCACCAGAAUUAAUUAGAGGUAACAACUAUGAUUUCAAGGUUGAUGUUUGGUCAUUAGGUAUUAUGACAAGAGAAAUGGCCGAAGGUGAACCACCAUACCUCGAAUUCCCACCACUUCGUGCCCUCUUUUUAUUAACAACACAAGGUUUACCACCAAUUAAAGAUGCUCAUAAAUAUUCAAAAGAAUUUUUAGAUUUCCUCGCUCUUUGUUUAGAAAAAGAUACCGAAAAACGUUCGACUGCCGCAACUUUAUUGAACCAUCCUUUCUUAAAACGUUCAUGUUCUGGACCAGAAUUUUACAAAGCUGUUGAAGCUGCCAGAAGAGAAAAAGAAAAUCAAAUUCAAAAUUUAACAAAUCUUUCAUAAAUUUUAAAAAUAAAUCGUUAAUUAACAAAUCAAGCUUAAAAUUAUAAAUAAUAAUAAUGAUAAUAAUAAUAAUAAAUAAUAAUAUAUAUAUAUAAAUUAUUAAAAAAUAUAAUUUAAAUUUAUAAAUAUAUAUAUUAUAUAAUAUAACUUUAAAAAAAAAAAAAGGAUUAACCAUAAAAAGCAUAUAUUGAAUAAAAAAUUAAAUUGUAUACAUAUAAAAAUUUAUUUUAAAAAAUUC